AUGUUCGGCAAGAAAAAGGCACAGGAAGAGGAACCUAAAAAGGAGAUUGAUCUCGCUACAGCCCUUCCAUCGACUGAUGAUUUUCGAACAAGUCUUCUGAUGACCAACCUUUCGGCACGGUUCUCUAUGUUACGCGAGCAAGACGAUCCAAACACCAAGGUUGGCAAGGCCAGCGACGACAGUGUUCUGUUCCCUAAAAGACAAUCGAGAAUGAUGGACUUUGGUUUUGCUGCAGGGUUGGGCGACAUUGCUGAGGUUGAGUCUAUUCGGGCCCCUUUUGCACGCUCAUCGAUGCAGUCCAAUGAUGAUACCGGGUCAACAAACGGGAGUGUGAUGGGCCGGUCGAAACCGAUUGAAGGGAACAACUUGUUUGGAGGUCGACAAAAGGUUUACAAAAUCGGCACCGGAGGGAACAAAGGGGCUAUGAGUGGCCGCGUUCUCUAUGGUGACGAUGUCGCCCAGUCAGCUUUCCAGAAAUGGAGGCAAUCUGAAAAGGAUAAACAGUCAUUCGAAGACCUGCAGCAAGAAGAUUUAGGUGACUUGGAAAAUGCUCGACCAGAGUCUCCUUCUCAGACCGAGUACAACCGAAAAAGGGAGACAAACUCAACAACGUCGUCAGGUCCAUCUGCAGCUCGGGACUCAACAGCCGCCACAUCUAUCACCUCAUCUUCAGUCAAGGACCGGGAGUCCUUCGUGCGUACAUCUCGGACUGUCAGCCCAACACCACCAAUGGAGCGAAGCGUGACCAGAACCCGUCGUCUCUAUGAGCAAAGCUUAAACCAGGAUCUUCAGGACCAACAGUCAUCUGCUCUUUCAAGAAUCGAUACGCUUACAAAGCGAACACUCGGCAGCAGAACUCCAGAUCUGACACCUCCUGUUCCUUCCCCAGCAAGCGCAACAUUCGGUGAUCGUUUCAUCACUCGAUCGGUCCUGGCUAAGGCUAGUGCCCCUAACCUACGAUCUUUCAGCCCUCCAUCGCAAAUGAGUCCUGUAGACUCGGUGAAUAAAUUCCCCAGCAUGGACCAGAAGGCCUUUGGUGCUACACCCCCUCUGAGCCCCCCUAUUAGUGAGACAGGGGAGGCUCAUCCCUUUGAUCGAAGCAGAAUUAUCACCAGGAACAACAGUCAAUAUGAUGAAUCAAGGUUCGCCCAACGGCAAAUGCAAAUGCAGCAGGGUCGCGAAACUCCCACGAACCGAUUCCGCACUGAUUCCAGCCCCUCAUUGCCAGGCACUCGAUCUAGGUCAUCUUCUGCCCACCGUCCGCAAAUGGAAAGGAACGAAUCUGGAUCUUUCCAGACUGAGCCAACCGUCCAGGAAGAGUCACAACAUUCAACCUUCUUUGAUGACGAUGAUGACCAGUCUGUUGUGGACGAGUCACACCUUCAGCCUAUCUUCCCUCUGCAAGUCAAGGUUGAGAAGCCAGCUGAUAAUGAGCACCCUGCCUUCAGACGCACUACGGUACCAACGCCUCUAUCGGUUCCGGAAGGAACUGGAGUUGCGCCAGCUGACUCAACAGAGCAAAUGCCUAAGGACUCACCUACUUUGGGACCUACCUCUGGUGGACUGAGUGGCAUGGUCAGGCAGCAUCUUCGACAAGAUAGUGGGGCCUCAUCGAUUUAUGGAAGUUUACCCAACGAUGUUGACCUGAGCUCACGAUUCCCUCCCGAACGCCCUGAUGCACAUACCUAUGAGCCGAAGACGGUCGAUUCGAACGCCUGGGAGUCGAUUGAGAGAGACUUGGCUAUGUCAAUUGACGGUAGCGUGACUAGUCCUACUAGAUCGUCUGGUUUGAUGGAGGCCCAGAUAUUGUCUAGACCCGAAUCCACCCAAAACCCGAAACAACAAGUCAACCUCCAGCCGGAAGAAGAGACAGAUGACUUUGCUCGUCAUCUCGCCGACGGUGCGCGACGUGUCAGGGAGAGACUCACUUCUUUUGUCGAAGCUGAUAGCAGCAUUUCGUCACCAGAACCUCCGCCUCUGUCUGAGCUUCCACCUCCACCUCGUCCGAACGCUUUGGGUAUCUUGAAAUCCAAGUCCAGUCGUGGCUCUUUGGUUGACAGAGGCCGAGGCGACAGAGAGAAUGGCAGCCAGUCCAAAGCGAAGAAACUCCUUGGCCUCCGAGGCUCAUCGCCUGCCCCUGCCACAAGUCCAUCUCGCCGUGGCUCAUUCGAGGCGAAUGAAAGGCUGACGCAGUCGCCUGAGCCAAGGGAUGAAAACUUGCCAAGAGAUAGCGAGGAAAAAGAAGGUGUUCAUGCUGGCCUCAAGGCUUUCCGACAAGCCCGUCGGGAACUCCAAAGGAUGAAGGAACUCGAAGUUCAGCAACGACACCAAGGACCCUCGAAGCCUCCUUCAGCGGGCAGAGAUCGAGCCCAAACUACGACAUCCCGACCACCAUCCCAGGAACGUAGACCUCCUCCUCCUGUCUCAUACAAUCGAGUUCCUAGCGAAGAAUCGAGGGCUAAUGCUGGCUCCCGCUCAGGAUCCCGAGCUCCCUCUGAACGUGAUCGAAGUGGCUCUGAAGCAAGCAGCGGAGGCAGAUCUGGUAGUCGACCGCCACGUCUUAGAAACGGAUCCGUACCUCGCGAUGAUUACCAAGGGCCCAUGGGAUCUCCCGUAGGAAACAAUGGCAAGCCACGACAAGGGCCAAUGAUGAGAGCACCAAUGAUGCCCGGACAAGACAUGCGGCGGUCACCACGUAUGCCGCCUCAGCCAUAUCCCGGAAACGCUUCGCCUGGUCCCUUCAACCGUCCCGACAACAGCUUGCAUAUACAUCCUGUCUAUGGACACGAUUCUGGCCACCCAUCACCAAUCUCACCACUUAAUGGCGCACCUUCUCCCCAUGGAUUCCCCGGGCCCGGCCCCGGCCCCCAGAGACCGUAUGGACCUCCUUACCCAGGUGGAAUGAUGCGCAACCGAGAUAUGUCGGAACCAUCAAUGAAGCCGCCAAUGUCACCCAUGGGUCACCGUGACGGCCUUCGACCUGGCCCCGGACCUGGACUCAAUGGUGGUGCGGUUUCUACGCCUAACCUGCAUAGCAACAUUGCUCCUCCUUUGCCGCCAAUCAACCCUCGACGCAAAAACACUGGAGCCACGCUCGCUGAAGGUACCAUGAGCGCUCAUCGCCGCCCUAUGAGCCCUAGUAUUGCGAACGACCAACGUGGUGGCUUUCGAAGUGAUGAUGAAGAUGGCGCAGGGAUGAACCGCCAAAGAUUGCGCAAGGCCACUAGCGAGGCAAACGGUAUGAAUGCACGAGCUAGAUCAAUGCAUCAACCUCCUCCUCCGCCUAUGGCAGCACCACCUCUGCCUCCUAGCAUGAGCAGCAAUGCAGUUCCCGGCGGGAUGAUUUAG